AUGGGAAGAAAACAAGAUCCGAUCCGUAAAUAUUUUAAAAAAGUCGGUAUUGAUGAAAAGCGUCAAUCGUGUAAGUUUUUUUCAAAAGAAACUAAAAAGAAAUUUAAGCAGAGCACAAUUCAAAUAUCAACUUUGGAUGUAGAUGCAUAUGAUGUUAUUAAUGACCAAGUUCAAGUUCAAUCAACAUCAAAAGAAGUUCCCCAAUUACAAAUCCAGCAGCACUCAGAAAACUUCAGCAGGUUUUUUGACAGAAUGGAUAAAGGGGAAAAUGUACGUUUGAAUGAAAAACUUGCUUUGGCCAUCAUCGUCAGUGAUUCUCCAUUAUCAAUGACUGAGCACCCACUUUGGAUUGACUUUUUUAGGCAAAUUCGACCAACCUUUAAACUACCUUGUCGAAAAUCUAUAUCUACAGUUUAUGUGGAUAAAGUGUAUGCUGAAAUGCAGAGUAGUAUUACUCAUGAUCUUCUUGAGGCAAAUGAUUUACAUAUUCAACUGGAUGGAUGGACCAAUAUAAAUAAUUAUGGCAUAAUAAACUUUGUUAUUUGUAAACCAGAACCAUU